AAUGCCCUCCAACAAGAACACAUGUUUGCCCCAUUUCGACAUGCAUACCUUUUCUUCUUCUUCUUCCCCUGCGCACAGCCAAAAGCACAGUCGUUCGCACACUUGCACCUGCUCAAUCGAGCUUAACAGACGGUCUUGUGCAAAACAGGAAGGACCGUACACACCGCGGACCCUGAUGUUAGAGACAAGAUCCUCCCUCGGCAUCUGCCAGGACGCAAAGGAGAUGAAGCCUAUUGCAAUCAUGCACGCAGCUCAUCUAUCCCUCUUCCACUCCAACCUCAUGAGCGCCUUCCCCAUGUGCACAUAGUCUCGCUGGAUAUCAAGCUUUCCGCUCCGCCUGCACACACUAACA